AUGGAUAUCUACAUGGUCCACCCACUGCCCUCUCCAUCAAAAUUUAUUAAAAACCUAGCUUUUCCCUCAGGCCUAAGAUGGAUUGAUGAGCUCUUUAAGGUAACUGGAGGUGUGUGGAAUUUCAGCCGUGUCUGUUGUGAUAUAUUUGUAACCAUGUAUGUAAUGAUGUGUACAGCCAGUAUUUUAAAUGUCUGUGCUAUCGGUAUUGAUAGAUACUCUGCAGUGAUUAUCUGUACCUUACAAUACAACACUGGCUCCAGCUCUUGCUGGAGAGUUUCUAUUAUGAUAACAAUAGUGUGGUUAUUGGCAUUUGCUGUUUCCUGCCCUCUUCUCUUUGGCUUCAGUACCACAGAGACUUUUAUAGUCUGCUGGCUGCCUUUCUUUGUGACACCUAUAUUGAAUUUGUUGUCAAGUCAUUGUCAGGUCUGCCACAUUUCCCCAGAACUCUACAGUGAUACCACUUCUUACACCAACAGUGCCCUCAACCCUAUCAUCUAUUCUAUAUCACCUUCAACAAUGAAUUCCGGUAAAGCUUUCCUCAAGAUUCUGUAGUACUGAAAACUUGGAAAGUGCCUCAGCUUUAUAUUCCUUGCAGAAACAGUGAAGGAAGGUAUAGCUGAGAUUGGUUUUAUGUACAUCAGGAUGAAUUUUCUCAAUUAGUGGUGAAUUUUGGACUAAUUUUUCUAUGGCUUUUCUCUAUCAUCUAAUGUGGAAAAUAUUUUUGUAAUAGUGAGAUUCAUGAAUUUCGUGAUUUGUGGUAAAGUCUUCAAAAUUGUACUACCACAAUAUUUGGUACUGUAAUAUAUUUUCAUUAGUUACAGAGUUCAAGGAACACAAUUUGAUGAGCACAGCCGAUGCCCUGGAAUUUGCAUCCCUAGCAAACACAUAUUCUGACAUUGUUUCAAUGGUUUCAAUGUGCAAUAUUAUUAUGAUUGCUUGCUGAGCACUUUAAUAGAAUUACACUUUUAAGAUAUCUCCUAGCAUAAAUAUUUGGGGGUGAUAUUCAGAUGAUUUGCCACUUAAAAUGGGAAGACCUUCUGUACUCUUCAUUUUCUUCACUUUUUCUACCCUAUGCAUAUUCCAUAAAUUUCUUCAGUACCAUCACCGGCUGCCUAUAGACAUCUAUAGAUCUGAAGAUCCUGAUAACCACCUUAUAAUGUGAGGGCACUUUCAUAAGGACACAUACAGGACCAUUGGUCAAACAGGCAAGUUACUCUAAAGACUAUUUUUCAUGAAGCACAAUAAACUAUUUGUUUAAUAAAUCCACUUGUCCCAAUCCACCAACCAAAUUAGUUAAUUCUUUUCAUACAAAGAAGUCAUUGUAAUUACUUGUAAUAUAUUUACUAGGUCAAGAAAUUGAAUUCAAACAGACUUUCUGGAGUAAGUUGUUCUGGAAGUUUCAGUAAUGCAACCACAAAAAAAAAAAAAACAACUCAUCAUGCUAGGCUUAAUUAUCAAUAACAAUGAUUACAUACACUACAUUCGAUUGUUUUAGCAAUUGAGUUCCAUCAGGCACUUUCUCCCUCUGAUUUGCUCUUUGUGAAUCUUACUUUGAAACAGAUGAUGAAACUCGGUCCCACCUUGCAGCUAAAUCUCACCUUAAGGGGAAGCUUUCAUCCUGCCUUCAACCUUCGCUUUCUCGGGAAGGUUGUCAAGAUGGGAGUGUGCUGCAGCCCCAGAAGAUCCUGGAGGAAAUGAAUUUUUUGGGGCCCAUUCUGUUGGCAUUCAGGCCUGGAUAUGGGAUGGAAAUGCCACAGAUCAUGUUUCUGGUGAUCUCUGUCAGGAGUGGGAUAGGGAUCGUGCAGUGUUGUCCUAGGUUAGCUUCCUCCUCUGAGGCCGUUUCUAGUCAGUGUUUUUUUUUUUUAAUAAUUUUUUAUUUUUCCAAACUCUCCCCCAUAGAUAUACCGUGAUAUUUAUCAGAUGUUAACAUACAUUCUUUUAACAUUCAUAUAUAA